ACAUACAUACAGUCGGUUUAAUGGGAAACGUGCUCGAUGCAUGUCUGCAGUGAAAAGUAAAACAAUUUUACUAGCCUUUACUUUUUAAUAGUUAAUUGUCUAAAUUAAUUUAAACUAUUUAAAAUGGGUAAUGUAUAUGCUAGUACGGCUCCCCCUCCCUUAACUACAGUGCCAGAACCUCCACCAGCACCUGUGGCACCGACAGAACCGGAAGAAAGUAAAUCUAGAUUGACCACCUUGGAAGAGCUUCACAAGAAAUGUAAAGAUAUAUUCCCUAUGCCUUUUGAUGGAGCUAGGAUUGUGUUCAAUCGAGGUCUUAGUAAUCAUUUCCAGAUCAACCACACCGCCAGUAUGUCUUCAAUGCAACCAUUAGCCAGUGGCUAUAAAUUCGGUGCCACUUAUGUUGGUAGUCAAAUUGUUGGACCAGGAGAAGCUUAUCCAGUUUUACUUGGUGACAUUGACCCAAGUGGAAAUUUGAAUGCUAACAUGCUAUGUCAAUUUCAUCCUAGACUAAGGACGAAGGCUGUAGUCCAGAUUCAAGAUUCAAAGACAGCUGGUUAUCAAGUUUCAAAUGAUUACAAAGGAGAUAACUAUACUGCAUCAGUCAUUUUAGGCAAUUUUGACCCAGUAACGUUCUCAGGGAUGUCUAUAUUUCAUUAUCUUCAACCAGUCACACCAACUGUAGACUUAGGUGCAGAAUUAGCUGUCCAAUUCGGUCCCCAAAUUCCCGAUGGAAUUAUAUCAGCACUUUCUGUGGCUGCACGUUAUACUUCUCCAAACAACUUCAUUUUAAGUGGAACAUUUAGUCCUCAUCAACUUCAUGCCUGUUAUUAUCAAAAAGCAAGCGAUCAACUUCAGUAUGGUGUAGAAGUCGAUACUAAUAUUAAGAUGCGCGAAAGUUAUGCAAAAUUCGGUUAUCAAGUAGAUUUACCCAAAUUGGAUGCAACUUUUAAAGGUUCCAUUAGCUCCGAUUUUGGUAUCACUGGAGUCUAUGAAAAAAAGUUAGCGCCAUUACCGCUUGUUCUUACUUUGAGUGGGCAUAUUGUCCACGGUAGAAAUCCACUUUACAGAUUUGGAAUCGGCUUGACGCUGGGAUAAUUAUAGUAGUUUUUGUUUAAAUCCAAAUAAGAUUAUAAAUAGUCCUUAUACUGGAAUAGCACAUUUUGUUAAUAAAAAUGGAGAAACACUUCGCUGUAGUAUGAUAUUAUCAUUUUUUGUCUACAUAAAAAUGUUCCUUUUGACUAAAAUCAAUGACUAAAACCCAAAGGUAAAAGCCAUGUUAUUAUGUAGUAAUAAACUAAUGGACAUUUUUCAUAGUGAUACAA